AUGAUAUUGCAUCGAGUUAUAAAAUCCUUUUUUAGUAGUGAUUUGAAUGUUUCUAAAUUGUUAAGAAAAAAAGGUAUAUUAUUUGAAAAUGUGAAAAGGGAAAAUUGUGUAAAAGAUUUAAUUGUGAAGUUUAUGGAGUUAAAAGGAGUACCUAUUAAUAAAGAUGACAUUCACAUUAUGAAAAAUAUUUUAUGUAGACCUACAGGUAGAAUAAUGAUAUUAAUUGAUAAUUUGAAGAAGCAAAACUUUAAUUUUGAUUUUGAUAUUACUGAGAAGAAAGAGGAACAAAAUGAAAGAGAACAUUUUAAUGAUAAUAUAAAAAUAAAUAAUAUAAAAAAUGGACAUGUAAUAAAAGAAAAUGAGAACAUUAAAAGUGAUAAUAAAGAUAUAAUAAAUAUUACCAAUAAUAAUGAUGAUAAAACAAAUAUAAUUUAUAAUAAAGAAGAAUAUUAUAAAUUAAAAACAUUAUUUAAAGAUUGUAAAAUACAUUUAUGUGAUGAUUAUGAAAUUGAAAAGUUUGUAGAAGAAUGUGAACGUUUUUUAAGAUUUACUGAUGAUAUUAAAAGAAUAUCAAAAUUUGAAAAUUUAGAUAAAAUUGUUACUAUUAUAAAUAUACCUAAUUGUUAUGGUAGAAAGGAGCUUAGCGAAAUUAUAUAUACAGCUUGUAAUGUACGUAUAGAAUUAAAUAAUAUUAUAUUUAGAUUUAAAAAAAAUGGAAUACAAAGUGAUUGUGCAUAUAUAUUAUGUAAUAAUAUCAAAGAUGCAAAUAUAAUUAUACACACCAUUCAAGAAUAUCCAGUUGCAAAAAAAUAUCAUCUUACCGAAUUUUAUGGAACAUCCUUCUUAUUUGCUUCAAAAAAUAAUUUAUUUAUAAGUUCAGAAAAACUAGAUUAUAUAACAAUCUUUUCAAAAUAUAAAAUAUUUACAUGUGGAUGGCAUAAAGAUAUAUCUAUUAAAGAGUUUGAAUCAUUUUUAAUUACACUCAAAAUAUUUCCAAAAAAAAUUAUUAAAAUCAAUUAUAGUAAGAAUAAUAUAUUAAAAAAUAAUGAAACCAAACAAAAUGAACAUUCUGAUAAUAAAAUAUUAAGGCAGCAAAUAUGUGAUAAUAAUAUUAAUCAGUUAAAUCAAACAAAUCCAAAUCAUAUUCUAAUUAAUAUUCAAGAAGAAUCUACCUCACUCAAUGAAAAUAAAAAUAAUGAAUCUAAUGAAGAAAAUGAUUUAAAUACUUCAUCUUUUAUUUUAUUUUUUGAAAAUAUGAGAAUGACUAAAAAGGUUUUUACAAAAUUUGAAAGACUAAAAAAGAAAUGGAAAAUGUCUGCAUCUAGUAAUUUUUAUGCAUACCCUAAAGUUCCUGAUAUUCAUUUUAGUGAUGAUAUAGAAUACAUGGACGAAAAUGAAUAUGAAGAUUCUGAUUUGGACGAAGAAAUAGAAUAUUAA